CAGCUCUCAGGAGUGAAGGAAGCCCCGCCUCUGACGCUAUUUCCGGUUCUCUUUCCCAGUCUAGCUUCGCACGGGCUAACGGGGACCGGUUCCAUAUCUUACUGCAACAUCUCCACGUCCCAAAGUCCUCCGCCAGUCUGACAGACGGUCGCACUUCAAAUCCUCCAACAUGACCCAAAAGCACGGGUUCGAGGUGGCCAUGACAUGUGAGGGCUGCUCAGGAGCCGUGACCCGGAUCCUCAACAAGCUGGGAGAUGUGACGUUUGACAUCGACCUGGCCAACAAAAUGGUUUGGAUCGAGUCCGAAAGAGACGUGGAAUUUCUCACGGAGACUCUGAAGAAAUGCGGGAAGGAGGUCAAGUACAUCGGCACCAAAUGAAGGAGCGUGCUGCACUACAACAGGAAGUCCUGGCUGCUGAUGCAAAGUGAAGGUCAAUGCUGGAAAAAGUCUAACAGACCCCCCCGCCCCCCAAACUCAUACGCACAAAAAACCCCCCCACCUCAGUGUCGAGAUUUACCAGGUCAUGAUGUCAGGCCUCUGAUAUGCAGCACGAUAAUCAGUAGUGGCCUGAUCUAAUUGAUCACUUUACUAUACCCAGAACGUCCUUAAAGCAGCCCUGAUGAGUUAUGUGUUGUUACUUUCAGAUGUCUUUAUUUGACAGAAACAUCAGGGCGUUUGUCCUGUUAUAAAAGCUGCACACGAACACUAGUGGACUUCCUUUAACACAACUGAAGUUACAUUCCCUGGAUUAUAAACCUUAAUGCAAAGUAUCGCCUCUGUUUCCCUCAGUGUUGCUGCAUGCAUUGGAUUUAAAAUGACAAAUGUCAUAUGCUGGACAAACGACUUCCUUUACACUACCACAGAUCAAACCAAUCAUGUUUCUUAAAUGAACUAACACACCUUUUGUUUUCUAUUAACAACCUGAAGUCAUAAUUCACUCUGUCUUAUAAAGAGAUCUGUUUCCUCUCCUUUAGUAACUGUCUUUAUGUUGUGUACACACGGGAAAUAAAAAUCAGUUCUGCCUC